AUGGCGUCCAAGGAGCCCGUCGUCCGCCGCACGACUCCGGCCCCGUACUCGUAUGCGUCUCAGUCCACUGACAACAACCAGAUGUUCAACCCCCACAUCCGGAUCAACCAAGCAAUUGAUUCACUAUGCGCAUUCCGCCACUCCAUGACCGAGCUCGAGACCAAUCACCGCAGCGUCCUCGAGACCAAGGACGCAGAAAUGGCAACCCUACAGCAGCGCUUCAACGGACUAAACACUUUGCAUCGCAGUACCAAGGCUCGAGUCGACGACAAAGUCCUAUUGCAGGGCAAACUGCAAAACGAUAUCAAGAUAUUGAAGCGGGAACUCGCAGCUAAGAAGGCGAAGAAGGGGGUCGUCGACCAGGAUAUAGAGAAGCGGGUUAUCGAGGUAAGACAGCAGAACGCUUUGUUGACUGCUAAGGUGUUGGGGCUCGAGAAGGAACUUUCGGAUGAGAGGGCGAGGGGGAAGGAGAAUAGGGAUGCGAAGAGGGAGUUGGAGAUUAUGAAGACGAAGUUGGCGGAUAUGGUGAGGGGGAAGGAGGUUAAGGUUGAGGUCGUUGAGUAG